AUGGCCGAUACCGAAAGCAAGCCAGUUGUCGCGGGAUCUUCAAAGGGAACUGAAGAGGAGGACGUAGUCCCUUCACCUGAUAUUCACUUUGAUCCCGUCAUCAAAUUGGACGAGGUUGAAGUAAAAACCUUUGAAGAAGACGAGGAUGUCUUAUUUAAAAUGCGCGCCAAACUUUUUCGAUUUGAUAAACCAUUAAAGGAAUGGAAGGAACGCGGCACAGGAGACGUUCGUUUUCUCCAGCAUAAAGAGACAAAAAAAAUUCGCCUAGUAAUGCGACGAGACAAGACUCAUAAAGUUUGCGCCAAUCAUUACAUCACAUCCGAAAUGCAACUUUCUCCAAACGUUGGAUCAGAUCGUUCAUGGGUGUGGAAUGUUAGUGCCGAUGUUUCUGAUGGUGAAGCCAAAUCAGAAACGUUGGCGAUUCGGUUUUCUAAUACCGAAAAUGCCAAUACCUUUCAUGAUAAGUUUUAUGAGAUGCAAAAGUUAAAUAGUGCAAUAUUUAGGAAGGGAGAUGAAACAAUCAAUGAGAAAGAUGUAGACAAAGUUGCAGUGAAAGAACCUAAAGAAAAAGAAUGA